AUUUAACAAAUCAAGUAGAGACAGUUGGACUGAAGCUCCAGAAAGUAACAGCCGAGAUGGACCACUACAAAAAGCUGUUAAUGGUGAAAUCAACGGAACUUGAUGUCUGUCAAAAUGAACUAAAAAAAAUGAAAUAUGAAAAUGGAAUUUCUGAGUCAAGACUUACCAAAGAGCUCGAGGAAAAGGAGGAAUCUCUUCUAAUUUGCCAACAAGUCUGCAAACAUCUGCAGGAAGAGGUGGCGGAGAAAGAAAGGAAAGAAGAAGAUCUAAAGAGACGAACGGGUCGAUCGGAAAGCGAGCUGGAAGCCCUUAAAGCUCUUCUUAGACAAACAGAGGAAGAGGUGGUGAUGUUGAAACAAGAAAGGGAGUUAAUGCUGAUUUCUCAUCAGAACAGAACAGAGCAGCUGCAGGAAACGUUAAGACAGAAGAUGUGGAGUGAAGAUAACUGGAGGGAGAAGAUGGAAAUUGAUCUGGCUAAAGGUGAAGCGCGACACAAAGAAGCCAUUCUUAAAGUGAAGGAAGAAGCGAGAGCGGAACUGGACAUGGAGAGACAAAAACAGCAAGAACUAAUCACAAAAUAUCAGAGGGAUCACGAAGAGCUCCAGAAGAAGAUACCAGGAUUAAUAUCCAGUGCCACCAACAGCUUGAGGAUGGAGACGGAAAUUCUUGAAAAGAAGCUACAAGACGCCCAGAUCAAACUUGCAGAGAAAGAUGAAGAUAAGGAAAAAGAAAUUCAGAGCCUUAAAAGACUAAUUGCUGAACUUGAGUUUCAGCUGACGAUGGAAAAGAACAAUAAUGAAUCAGUUCUGGAUAAUAUGAGGAAAGAAAUUAAACACAAGUCAGAUGAACUGGAAAAAUUAACCCAGGAGAGGACACAGCUGAUUCACAAUUUGAGUCAAGUUCAAGAGGAGAACACUCUUCUCCAGGAAACGGUGCGCAGAGAGUGUGAGGAGCGCUACGAGCUGACCGCGGCUUUGACUCAAGCCAGGGAGCAAGUCCUGGAACUAAAAAAGCUCAGUGGAAACUUCCCGUUGUCGCCGUGUUCCCUGCCGCCGGGCAGCCUGACCUCCCCCGCCGCCCUGCUCGCCGAGUACGGACAGAAG